AUGACUAAGGUGAGGAAGCCGCAAACGAUGAAGACACACUUCUGUGCACCUUUCUCACUCACGAUGCUGGCAAUGUUGAUUGCAUCCUCUGAAACGUCGCAGCGCCAUGACACAUAUGUACACUGCGCGCAGCACGGCCAGGGCCGAUUCCUUUCGCACUCGGCGCAAAGGACACACGAACAUCAAAACAUCUACCGUCGUGUGCACAGCGCGCCGCGGCCCACUGCCUCGAACUGCCGGGCGCAGGCGACGGGACCCCCUCCCCCUCCUAAUUAUACUUCUGGUGGUGGCGGUGGAGAAGGAAGGUCCACCCUUCGAGGCUCGACGCACCCGCGGCCCCAGCUCAGCAGCGCACGGAGGUGGUCCCGAAGACCCCGCCGCGCCGGCACACGGGGCAGUCGCUCUGCCGCGCGAGGAAGGCCGCGGCGCAGGGGCUGGUGCAGAGGCAGGCGUGCCCGCAGCUCAGCACCUGCACGCGGCUGCCGUGGACGAAGUCGUCGCCGCACAGGGCGCACUCGGCCGCCACGCGGGCGACGGAGAAGGGAGGGGCUCGGACCCAGAGGUCCGACGAUCUUUUGGUCCAGGAUGAAGCCGGGCCUGUCCCCCUGCAGGCCGUCGUUGGACUUCCCCCUGUAGAGGGACAGGCCCGAUUUCAGUCCAGGGGGAGGGCGCGCGACGACAGAGCUCUUCACCUGCCUCGGCCUCGGCCGCUGCCCACCCGAAGCAAGAGGUCGCCGGGCAGACCGGGAACACCACAGGAGCCGACCUGCGACACAGUCGGCCCGGAUGAGUAGGUCGGCCCUGCCAGCUCAGGGGUACCCUCGUGUCCUGUGCCUCGCGACACGUUCCUUCUCACACUCAUAUAGGGCGGUGUGGCCCUCGGAAGGGUCUUGUGUCCUCUCGCGUGCCCUCUCCCAUCAAGGCCGACCGUAGGCGGGCUCGUGCACCGAGCAGGUGGCCCGAGAGUGGAGCGAGCGUGCGGAGGGCAGAGGGAGAGGAAGAAGUGAGGAGGGAGCGCCACAACCUCACAAUCAGGUCGGGCAUGUCCUGGGACGCACAUGGACAUACUAGUACUAUAUGUCCUCAUUGGAGGCGCGCGUCCGACCCGAACAUGUAGUAUACCCAUCUUGUA